UGGGACUGGAUAAUGAGAUAAAGACAGAGGGCAGAGAGAGACAGAAAGAUUUGUACAGGGGGGCCAUACACACACACACACACACACACACACACACACACACACGUAGAAAUAGAGUCCCCUGGAGAGUCCCCAGAGAGACACAGAGAGACACUAAAGGGAAAAAAUAGUUGGAAAGAUAGAUCUAUACAGGGCACUAAUAGAAUUUUUCCUGUGUGUUGCUCUCUCUCUCUCUCUCUCUCUCUCUCUCUCUCUCUCUCUCUCAACACUAUCUCUCACACCACAGAGUCUACCUGUCCCUCCACAAACUUCUGUCUAACCUUCUGUACCCACUUCCAGGAGAUCAUGCUGCUAUUUCUUAACUUCUUGCUAGGGCUGGUCCGGAUUCUGGCUGCAGAUGGGGGUUCACAUUGGACUUAUGAAGGCCCACAUGGUCAGGACCAUUGGCCAGCCACUUAUCCUGAAUGUGGGAGCAAUGCCCAGUCUCCUAUCGACAUACAAACUGAAAGAGUGCCAUUUGAUUCAGAGCUGCCUGCCCUGAAGCCCCAUGGCUAUGACCAGCCUGGCACAGAGCCCCUAUCUCUGCAUAACAAUGGACAUACAGUGCAACUGUCGCUGCCCCCCACUCUAUACCUGGUGGGGCUCCCCCGAAAUUACGUAGCAGCCCAGCUCCACCUGCACUGGGGCCGAAAAGGGCAGCCAGGGGGGUCAGAGCACCAGGUCAACAGUGAAGCCACAGCUGCAGAGCUCCACAUUGUCCACUAUGAUGCUGAUUCCUUUAACAACCUGAAUGAAGCUGCUCAAAAGCCUCAGGGACUAGCUGUUCUGGGCAUCCUCAUUGAGGUAGGUGAGAACCAGAGCCCAGCUUAUGAACACAUCCUGAGUCACUUGGAAAAAAUCAGGUAUAAAGGUCAGACCACCUUGGUGCCACCCUUUGAUGUGGGGGAGCUGCUUCCUCCAGAGCUGGGGGAGUACUACAGAUACAACGGCUCACUCACUACCCCUCCCUGUUACCAGAGUGUCCUCUGGACUGUCUUCCACAGAAAGGCUCAGAUUUCCAUGGGGCAGUUGGAGAAGCUACAGGAGACUUUGUUCUCCACAGAGGAGAGCAGCCCCUCCCAGUUACUGGUCCAGAACUACAGAGCCCCUCAGCCCCUCAACCAUCGACUGGUUGUUGCCUCCUUCAUCCCAGAAGGAGACUUUUACACCACAGGUGAAAUGGUGGGUCUAGGCCUGGGAAUCUUGUUUGGCUGUCUCUUCCUCUUGCUUGCUGUUUACUUCAUUGCCAGGAAAAUUCGGAGGAAUCGGCUGGGAGAACAGAAGAGUGUUGUCUUCACUUCAUCCCGACGUGCUACCACAGACGAGUAGAAACCCUCCCAGACAUCCCUUCACCAUCACUUUUCAGCGAGCCUGGAGGAUUCAGUGCUGGGACUUGGCAGAAAAUAGCUGUAGCACUAACAGUUGACUGUCCCUUCUUCCUCCUGACACCUCCUUGGGAAGCAAGCUUGGACUCUAAGGAAAAUAGCUUGGAAAGCUCUUACCACCAAUGGAGAGAUGGGAAAAGUCAGAGGAUUUGUUUUUGCAGGCAGGACAAUGUUUUUCCCUGAGAAGGGGGAAUUAGUCAUACUCGAGAACUCCCUCUCACCUUUCAGUAUCUUCCCUGGACAGUACAGAUAGUCCUUGGAAAGACGGCUGCCAUAGGAGAAUCCACAUUCAAGAAUCCACAUUCUGAAUGUUUUGGAAAUAAAACAUUUUUGACUACACCAUAA